CACACACACACAGACUGCCGGUAAUCUGCGCGUAGAAGAAGAGGCAGACAGCGGAAGUGUUGCGGUGUCCUUGUGCGGUGGAAGACAGACCGAGAGGAUGAACAGACACAUCUUUGAGAUCCAGAAGGUGGCGCUGCGGAGCUUCAGCAGCUCGGUCCGCCGACAGCUGGACAACAAAGUCCCGCAGAAACAGAAACUGUUCCAGGAGAACGACGGGAUACCGAUUCAUUUGAAAGGAGGAACCGCCGACGCUCUGCUGUACAGGACAACGAUGGCCCUCACCAUCCUAGGGACCGGGUACGUUGUGUAUGAACUGGUGAAGGCGGCGUUCCCUAAGAAGUGAAAAUGCUCCAGCUGUUUACUUCCCUUUAAAGACCGGCCAGAAGCUCUAUGUUGUAUAAAAGAUAAUCCUCUGCCUGUUUCCUGUCACUUGUUUCAUGUUCAUGGGAUCAAUAUUUAUUUCUUGUACACUCUCUGAUGACCUGAGGAUCAAUAAAUAAAACCUCUCAUGACUACAA